CAGAGGAGCUGAGCGGAGGCGGCGCACAUAUGGUCACUCCGAAACAUCUCCAAAUGUCGACAGGAGCGGAGGAGCGCGUCAUGUUGUGUCCGUGCGUAAAGACGCACUGAAGAGGGACUCUAAAAAUAAAAUAAAAUAAAAAAACAGCUUUGACGCUUUUUCUUCAGCAUCAAGAUGUUGGCGCGGAAAAGCAUCAUCCCGGAGGAGUUCGGUCUGCCGGGGCUCGCCUCCCGCAUGCCCCGCAAGCCGGUGUUCAGGGACCGCGUGAACAAGGCGCGCUUCAUCGCCAAAAACGGCUCGUGCAACUUGGCGCACAAGAACAUCCGCGAGCAGGGCCGAUUCCUGCAGGACGUGUUCACCACGCUGGUCGACCUGAAAUGGCGCUUCACGCUGGUCAUCUUCACCACUACGUUCGUCAGCAGCUGGCUGCUGUUCGCCAUGAGCUGGUGGCUGGUCGCGUUUGCGCACGGAGACCUGGACCCGCAGCAGCGGAACCGGACCCACUGCGUCACCGAGGUCAAGUCGUUCACCUCAGCCUUCCUGUUCUCCAUCGAGGUUCAGGUGACCAUCGGCUUCGGAGUGCGGAUGAUAACGGAGCAGUGUCCGACCGCCAUCACCGUCCUCAUCCUGCAGAACAUAGUGGGGCUCAUCAUCAACGCUGUCAUGCUGGGCUGUAUCUUCAUGAAGACGGCCCAGUCGAACCGUCGAGCGGAGACGCUGAUCUUCAGCCGUCACGCCGUGAUCGCCGUCAGAAACAACCGCCUGUGCUUCAUGAUUCGCAUCGGGGAUCUGAGGAAGAGCAUGAUCAUAGGAGCCACCGUCAGGUUACAGGUGGUGAGGAAGACGACCACACCAGAGGGGGAGGUGAUCCCCAUCCAUCAGAUCGACGUCCAGACGGAGAGCGCCGUGGCCAGCAACAACCUGUUCCUCCUCGCCCCGCUCAUCAUCUGCCACGUCAUCGACAAAAACAGCCCGCUGUACGACCUGUCAGCCAUGGAGCUUCAGUGCAGCGACCUGGAGGUGAUCGUCAUCUUGGAGGGAGUGGUGGAGACGACGGGGAUCACCACGCAGGCCCGGACCUCCUACGUCUCUGAGGAGAUCCAGUGGGGUCACCGCUUCGUUCCCAUAGUAACGGAGGAGGAGGGCGUGUACUCUGUGGACUACUCCAAGUUUGGCAACACAGUCAAGGUGACGACGCCGCUGUGCAGCGCCAGAGAGCUGGACGAGAAGCCGUCCAUCUUAAUUCAAACUCUCCAGAAGAGCGAACUGUCGCACCAGAACUCUCUGAGGAAGCGUAACUCCAUGAGACGCAACAACUCCAUGCGUAAAGGCGCAGGGAGCAGCGGGAGCCUGCGCCGGAACAACUCGGGGAUCGCCUCGCCCAAAGUCCAGUUCUUCACCCCUGGCGACGGAGGCCAGACCCUGAACGCUGUCACCUGACAUGAGGCCUGGCUCCUGCUGGCCGCCCUGCUCCUCCUGGUGGGAAGGAGGAUCGUGGGUGUGGCUGUGUCUCCUGCGCUGAUGGGACUCGUUCUGUUUCUGUUCCCUGCCUUAUCUAGACUUGUCUCGCAACACAUUUACUGCUAAUGUUACUCUCCAAGGCUUUACGAUCUCUACAACACACAUCAUUUUAUUUCCUUAGACCCCUCAGUCUGGAUAUAGAGAUAUCUGCAGAGAUAAUUCGCUGCCGAAGAUAAAGACUGACAUUAAAUUGAAUCACCAAUUAGAUAAAAAUUAAUCAAACAUUCACUGGUCCUAGCUUCUAGAAUCUGAGGAUUUGAUGCUUCUCUUCUCCUGUGACUGUUGAAACUGUGAUGGUCAUUUUUCACUCUCUCACUAAACAGUUUUAAGUGCAACACGAACACACACCUGUAACAUGAGACGCACAUCAAACCACCGACACCCACCGUUUCCUAUGUUUCCCGGAACUGAUGCACGUUAACUCCAUCACUACAUGACGGCCUGCCUGCUGCAGGUGCAUGAUGAGAUAUCACAUGACACAGAUGCGCUUAGCUGAAUAAUUAGUGACACAUUUGAGCGAUUAAUCAAUGUAGACAGAAAAAGCGAUCUGAAGAUGUUGCCUCGGGCUGUGGGACCUUGUGAUGGAUAUUUUUCACAUUAAUUAUUAAUUUUUUUUUGUUUUUUAAAUAAUCAAAAGAUAAAUAGAUAAUAC